AAUUCGCGCGCUCCGACAGUUUUUAUUUUGUAAUUUGUAUGUAAUAUUUUAGGUACAUCAGCCAUGUAUUUAAUAUAAACGUAUAAUAAAUAUAAACGUUUAGCAAUAUGUCGGAAGAUAUAAACGUUACCUUUAUAAUCCCGAAAAAUUUGGCGAGUGAAGAUGAUUGUUCCGAAGAAAUGAAGUUGGCGUAUACAGCCUGUGAACAACAUUCUGGAGGAGGUAUUCAAGCCCAAUGGGUACAGGAAACACAGUGGAAGAAAUUCGAUGGACUCACAAAAAGAAAUGUGUUUGUUUUGUCUGAUUUUGCUGGUGAACUCUUUGAGAGAUUGAAGUUGACAAAAUGCUUAUUGGUUGGUCCCCGAUGUUUAUCAUGCUGUCUCACAGAGGGGACUCCAAUUCCCUCUGGUCCAGAACCUGUGUAUACUAUAGCUAUGAGAGGCAUUGUAGUCACUGCUAGUGGCUUGUCUAAGCAACAGAAGGAGAAUAUUAAGAAGAAGGUGCAUUGGAUGGGAGGUAUCUACAGCACAGUAUUGACAGAGGAGACUACACAUCUCAUCUCUGAUACAGUUUUAUCAGAUAAAUAUAUUAAAUCAGUGGAAAAAGGUAUACCAAUAAUGAGCGAAACAUGGGUUGAAGCUGUGUGGGAGGCAUCGUUACAGUUAAAUAUAAAUGGAUCUUCAUCAGACUUUGAUAGUCAUUGCCUGCCACCGUUUACAAAUUUGCAGGUUACUACAUCGGGGAUAUCAAAACGCGAAAAACAAACAAUAAUGAAAUUAGUAAAUGAAAAUGGUGGAUCAUUUUCUGGAGCUUUCCAGAGCGAGACAACAGACGUUGUUGUGCUUACUAAAGAAGGCAUAGGCAGCGAGAAAUACAAGGCCGCAUUGGAAUACGGCAAAGCAUGUGUGCUACCAUCUUGGGUGAUAGAUUCCGCGGCCCGUGGUGUUGCUUUACCAUUGCUAAAGUAUAAGGUUGCUGGAGCCUCUACGUCCUCACCGCUUGCUGAACAUAGACUUCCUGACAUGAGUUUGAAUUUCUCGCGAAUAACGAACUUGAGGCCGCCAAGUAACUUUGUGGAUGAGACACGGUCAGCGGAUGUAACCACUCUCUCUGGCAGAAUGAAGCUAUCGCAACAAGUCAAGAAAGCGGAUACGUCAAUGGAUAGAGAUAUUGUUGAAGCGUUUGAGAAUUUUGACAUGAGUCUGAUCAAGAAGGCUGGACCAAUUUUUGAUGGAUUUUGUAUAUGGGUGACGGGCAUGGAGGGCGCGUGCCGCGAGCGCGCCGCCGCGUGCGUGUCGCGGUGCGGCGGCGUGCGGUACGACGCGCCGCACGAGCGCGUCACGCACACGGCCGCCGGCUCGCAGCGCGCCGCGCACGCCGCCGCGCGGGCCCUGCCCGCCGCGCCCGUGCUGCGCGCCGCCUGGCUGGCGCACAGCGUGCGGGCCGCCGCGCCGCUGCCGGAGGCGCAGUAUCUCUUUGACACGCAAGCCACUACUCCCGUUAAAUCUCGCAAGCCGCCAAUGGAACAAGCGUCUCCAAUGAGCAAACGCAACUUGCAACUUUUACAUGAACCGCUCAACUUACCUCCUCCGGAGCCUGUGGAAGUCGCACCUGUGGAUGAUAUUGUUAACCAUUAUUUGAGUCAAAACUUAGAACCACAAGAGAAAACGCCAGAGCCCGUACCAGUCCCAGUAUCAGAUGACGUCACUAAUCAGAAUCCUGAUAUCACAGAAGAUAUUGGAGAUGAUCCCACUGAAGAAAUCGAACAGAUAUUUAGAGGUAUUAAAAUCGAGGUGCAAGGUCUGGAAGAAGAGGCGAUAAGUGAAAUAGGCGCGGAGGUAUCGGCGGCUGGCGGUCUGUUGGUCGCGAAGGGGGGUGGGGGGAGUUACCGACUCGUGCCACUAGACUGGGACUGUGAUGAUGAUAAUAUUGAAUAUAUUACUGUGUUUUGGAUUAAAGACUGUCUCAGCCAGCAAGAGCUGGUGCCGCUUCAGUACUACCACAGACCUGUCUCCAUACCGCAGACGUCUGGCCCCGGGCCGUUGCACGGAGUGGUGGCCAGUCUCAGCACUUACAGUGGGCUGGAGAGGGCAUUCCUGGACGAGCUGGCCAAGCUACUGGGCGCUACAACGCAACUGCGCUUCUGCCGGCGCACGACGGCCACAGCUCUCGCGUCGACGCACCUGAUCUGCCCCACGGCGAGCGGCGACAAGUACCUGGGCGCGGUGAAGUGGGGCCUGCCCGCCGUGCGCGCGAGCUGGCUGCGGGCCUGUGCGGCGGCGGGCCGGCGGGUCAGCGAGCGGCCGCACCUCGUGGGCGAUACCGUAGCACCAAUUCUAGAAAAUCCUGAAGAGUCCCCACAAGCCAAAGAGCUUGAGAACAAAAGCGAGACAGGGAUGGAUAUAGGAAAAGACAAGCAACAAGAGAGAGACAAAGAGAACGAAAUGUUGCCGCCCGCUGAUACACACGUGCCGAGGAAGAGUUUAGCGAAAGAUGAUACGCCGAAAGCUGAUCAAAAUGACGACAUGUCGCCCGCGUCACGGUACAUAGCGAUGGCCCGACAGGGUCUGCUCGGCGGGGACUCGCAGGAGACACCCAAAAGGGUGCAGGAACUUCAAGAGACUGAUAAACAAGAAAUGGCAGUACGCACACCAGACGAAGCUUUAUCCACACCAAAUUUAGCCGUAUAUAGUCCGACCACCCGGCGCCGCUUGCAAGCGUUGAGACGCGGGGAAAUGCCCUCUGAUCCAGUGCGGACGCCUACCGAUCCUUUUGCGCGACAAAUAGAAACCCCAGAUAGUGGUUUCGGCGCUGCAUUAAGGCCGGGUUCGGGAAGACUAUCUCCAGAGUCUAGGAAGAGAUUGUGGAAGGUGGUCAACGAGCUGCCAUCGAAGCAAGAGCCGCCUAAGGACAAACAGACGCCUUUAUCGGAGAUAAUGAAUCGAUAUCUCGCGCAGUUCAACGGCAACUCAUCAACUCCGCCUUCAGGACAUACGGUUGCUCCUAGAAAAUUGCACUUACAAGAUGAUGUCGAAACACCACCUCCUAAGAUGGCCAGAAUGUCACACACUCAUCAAAGUCCCAGCUGUAUGAACAUCAAUGAAGACGCAAGCGACAGCACCAUCAGCAACAACAAAACCAACAUCAAAAGCACCAACAAUAAAAGCAACAGCACUAGCAACAUCAACACUCCUAGCAACAACAUUAAAAGCAACAGCAACACUCCUAGCAACAACAACAACAAAAGCAACACGUCUAGCAACAACAGCAACACGCCUGGCAACAACAGCAACAAGUCCAGCAUUCCCGCGGCAGUAGAUGCUCAAUUACAGAAACUUAGUGCGGCAUUAAGUAACCGACUCAGUUCGCAGCGAGCGAAGCGAACGCGGGACUCUGUUAGUGUUACGCCUGUCCAAGGUCCAGAAGUAGAAGCAGGUCCGGAAUCGCAACCGAACACAGUGGGCUGGGACGAUACAACACCACAGCGCAGCGACGCGGCCACACAGCCAGACAUCAAACGUUUCAUGCUGUCGUCUAAUGUGGAUAAUCGCGAAGAGAUCAUCGCGAUGAUAGAGCACUUGGGUGGCGAGGUUUGCGAAGGUGCAGAGUUGGACGCGAACGCUACGCACUUGCUGUGCGCUCUGCCCGGGCGCAGCGAGAAGAUGCUCUGCUCGGUGGCGGGCGGCAAGUGGGUGCUGCACCCCGCGUACGUGGCGCGCAGUGGGGCUGCCGGCCGCUUGCUGCAGGAAGAAGAAUACGAAUGGGGCAAUCCUCUAGCGACCACCCUACCCCCCCUCUCCGGGGGGGAAGCAAGCCUUGCUAGAGCUGCGUAUCGCUGGCGCAGUGCUGUGUCCCGUGGGGCCCCCGGGCCAUUCGCGGGGCUCGUAGCACUGUUACACGUACCGGCGCCGAGGAGAAGAUUGCUGGCCAGGCUGUUGGAAGCUGGAGGUGGUACUGCGCCUGAUGAACAACCACCUUACUCCAACGACGAAGUGACGGUCUGCUUCGCUGAUGUGAAGCGUCUCCCACUAUCAGAACAAGAUACAAGGUGGCUGAUAUCUAAGAGAAUUCCCGUGUGCGCUCCUGUACUAUUAUCAUCGUAUCUCACUGAAGAAACACCCCCUAAUCCAUGGGAACAUUGUCUUCCGGAAUUUAGACCUAAUUGAAUGGGAAUAAAGAUUAUUUUGUAUUGAA